AUGGAGCACCUCGGGGCUCACCACCUGCACCAAGGCCAAGCCGAGCCCAUCAGCUUCGGCAUCGACCAGAUCCUCAACACGUCGGAGCCGGGCAGCUGCAUGGUGUCGCACCCGCGGCUGCAGGACUCGACGGACUACGGGCUGGGCUGCAUCGUGGGCAGCGCCUACAACACUGUCACGGGUGGCUACGGGGCGAGCGGCGGCGCGGCCGGCGCCUACACCGGCACCUCUUGCAGCAUGGGCGGCCUGCCCGGCUCCUACAACGUGAACAUGGCGGUGAGCAUGAACGGCAACACCUUGAGCUCGGCCGGGGGGGUGAUCCGCGUCCCGGCCCAUCGCCCGGUGGCCGGCGGCGUGCACCAGCCCCUCUCCGCCGCCGUGCCGGCGGUGAACGGCAUGAACAGUCUCACGGGGCUCACCUUUCCCUGGAUGGAGAGCAACAGGCGGUACACAAAAGACAGGUUCACAGGUCACCCCUACCAGAACCGCACACCCCCCAAGAAGAAGAAGCCGCGCACCUCCUUCACCCGCCUGCAGAUCUGCGAGCUGGAGAAGCGCUUCCACCGGCAGAAGUACCUGGCCUCGGCCGAGCGUGCUGCCCUGGCCAAGGCCCUCAAGAUGACGGACGCCCAGGUGAAGACCUGGUUCCAGAACCGGCGCACCAAGUGGAGGCGGCAGACGGCGGAGGAGCGGGAGGCCGAGCGGCAGCAAGCAAACCGCAUCCUCAUGCAGCUGCAGCAGGAGGCCUUCCAAAAAACCAUCAACCAGCCCAUCCAAGCUGACCCCAUCUGUGUCCACAACUCCUCUCUCUUCGCCCUCCAGAACCUCCAGCCUUGGUCUGAUGACUCCACCAAGAUCACCAGUGUCACCACCGUCGCCUCUGCUUGUGAAUAA